GGAGAAUGAUACGCGAAUGAGAAUAGAUCUCUUAAUCUGUAUAGACUGCUCCGAGAAGGCAAAAUGUGUCAUAGGAUUUCCCAAAUGUAACACAAAUUUGGGGCGACAAACACAAAGAAGUGGUCUAAUUUGAAGCUUUUGGGAUAACAAUUUCUUGCAUCAGUCCUUCGCGCGGCCCCGCGAAGGAUAUUUCCGACCCUUUCAUGGGCGCGUUUGCUAUCGAUCGAAGGGGAUAUAACGCGUACCAGUCGCGUUGCUACGAAUCAAGGAAAUCGAGUGUGGAAGAGAGAAAGAGACACAGAUAGGAAGGGUGCACAAAGGCCACCCCCUUCGGACCGAACGACUAUAAGUACCGGUCGCGGUGAGUUCGCGCGGCUUAUGAGCGCCUUGUGGUCUCACCGUGGCGUGGUAUCGUUUUCGCGUUCGCGGAAAAACCACUUGGACUUGGCGCCGGAGUCGUUUCGAUCUAUGAAUAGAUCCUGAUCCACCAAACGGCACCCAUUUCCAUCGCGCAACCAGCCGCGAUUAUCGCCCGAUCGGAAAGCAUCGAUCUGCCGAAGGAAGACCAGCGAUACAGCACGUGGAACAUACGACGGACGAGCAUGACGAUCCCACGGGAUCGAAGAAUUCGCGUGGAACCUACGUAAUGGGUGGAUUUCAAGUGGAAGAUCUGAGUGAUCGACCGGGGUAGACGUGAUGUCGCUCGGGAUCGCCUCAGGAAGUCAAUCGAGAUGAGGAAGAGCAAGUCGAAGGCAGACGUCAUCAAUGACAUCUGCGGAUGCUCCGCUCUGUCGUCGAUUAUUCACAGAAAAGACUUGAACUCUACUUCGGCUGCGUUCAUGCACGUACGUGACAAUAUCGAAGAACUGGGUAAAGUUGCCGAUGACACGGACCUGCUGUUUCUGAAGGGACUUCUUGACAGCCCGGUAGUUACAUCUCUCGUUAAAGUCCAGGAGCGUCUUGAGGAUCCGCCGGUGCCUGUGGAACCGGUAUGCUCGUCCGUCUGUGACAUCGUCGACGAGGUGUGUCACGUCUUUCGAGCUUCCGGCAAUCUGAACGCCAGAGAGCUGGUGAAUCUUCUCAAUAGCUCGCAUCUGAAAGCGCUUUUGGAGACACACGACGCGAUUGUGGAACGCAGAGGAGCAUCUUCUGAGUCGAAGCCUUCCGUGGUGACGAUGCCAACGAACAAGAAAGAAGAGGCGCCUAUCAGGGUGGUCGGCUUUAGAAGACAACCAGAUGAACCUUUGGGACUAACAGUGCAGGUCGACGAGUCUGGAAACUUAAUUAUCGCCAGAAUUCUCGGUGGCAGCACAGCGGCUCGUCAAGAGCUGCUGAGAGCAGGCGAAGUAAUACUCGAAGUCAAUGGAAAACGAGUUCGAAAUCCCGAAGAGCUCCAACAGGCGAUUCAAGACGCCAAGGACAAUUUAUCUUUGAAAUUGGCUCCGGGCAUCGCUUCCGAUGCGAAUCGGCUUCUCAAGUCCACGUGUUACAUGAGAGCUCUCUUCGAUUACGAUCCAUCGGAGGACACGCUGUUGCCUUGCAAAGAAAUCGGCCUACCUUUUCAAAAGGGCGACAUUCUCCAGAUCGUCGAUCAGGCCGAUCCAAACUGGUGGCAGGCGCGAAGAGUGGAGGGCGAGAGUCUCGGCUCACCAGGUCUGGUACCCUCCUUGGAGCUGGAAGAGCGCAGAAAAGCCUUCGUGCCGCCCGAGGCCGAUUUCGUUCACAAGAUUAGCAUCUGCGGUACAAGAAUAUCCAAGAAAAAAAAGAGGAAGAUGUAUCAAUCUAAGUCGAACGGCGAAUUCGACAGUGCCGAGCUGCUUCUCUACGAGGAGGUCGCUCGAAUGCCGCCGUUCCGUCGCAAAACCUUAGCCCUGGUCGGUCCACGCGGCGUAGGCCGGCGGACCUUGAAAAAUAGAUUGAUCAAUAGCGAUACCGAUAAAUUCGGCACUAUAGUACCAUAUACAUCGAGACCGCCUAGAGUUCUCGAAGAAAACGGUAAAAGCUACUGGUUUACCGAUCGCGAGUCCAUGGAGACUGACAUCAGAGAGCACAGAUUCUUAGAACACGGUGAACACGGUGGACACCUGUACGGUACUAAAUUGGAUUCUGUACGAGAACUGAUAAGGGCUGGCAAGAUGUGCGUGUUGGACUGCAGUCCGGCCGCGCUCAAGAUCCUCCAUAACAGUACAGAAUUUAUGCCUUACGUCAUAUUCAUCGCCGCACCCGGAAUGGAGCAGCUGAAAUCUUUAUACGAUCUCGGGAGGUCGACUGGUGCCAGCAGUCGGAAUCUAACGUUCGACCGUCAGAGUUCCAUCAGAUACAGUUCCAGAAGAGCCAGAACGUUGGAAUCCCUUGCAUCUUUAUAUGAGGAAGACGAUUUGAGAUCCACAUUAGAGGAGUCCGCGGCCUUGCAAAGAGCUUACGAAAAGUACAUCGACUUAGUGAUCGUGAAUGAAGAUUUUGAUAACACGUUCAGGCAGGUGAUUGCAGCUUUGGAUGCCUUAGCCACGGAGCAUCAAUGGGUUCCAGUUAAUUGGAUAUAUUAAUUAAUUUCCAUUGGAUGUCAGAAGAAUCAAAUCUGGACUCAAGUUGCCAGUUUUACGUGCGAAUGGAUAAAGGAAUUUAUUAUUGCUAAUGCGUCCGGAAAUUACGAGAUCUGUCUGCCGAGCAACUUAAAAAAAAGGCACGUGUAAUCAGAGUACAAAGAAUGUUACACAUGUGCCGUAGAAAGCGAUAUUAAUAUGUCGCUCAAAGGGUGCAAUCGAGAAUCUCAUUGCCGUUCAUAGUUAACCACAACGUAGCGUUUACAUUAAUUCGUUAUAGGUUUCCAAACGACCCGUUUUAUUUAUGGAAUCCCAUCGAAUUUCUUUUUUUUAUAUAUUAAUAUAUACCGAAUUAUAAUAUAAAGGGAAUUGAAUUUUUAUCCUUGAUGAAUCGGAAUAGCAGUAGAGAUAAAAGAGCUUAUUUAUAUACAUAUAAAUCAUGUCGCGCGCUGCAUUUUUUACUGCCAAUUUUUACAACGACUGCAAUUAACAACGGGUCGAUUGAUGUAAGUGUUAGACCGCCGUCCAAUUAAUUUUAGCGUAUUUUUAAUUUAGUUGAUAUUAACGAUAAUUUUCAUACAUGUAUAAUUAUUUACUUCACCCGAAUUGUUUCUUUUGUCCUAUUUGCAUUCUAUUUCGUGUCUCAUUUUGCUGCUCGUACAUGCUAAGUAUAUUCCUGGCAUAGAGUGCCUUAAUAGCGCAAGCCUAUGAUUGGGCUGCUGCGAAGACCUACUAUGUCGAGACACAGACGUUUUACAGUCGAAUUUUACAUAAGACAGAACUAAUAACGCGUUUUCUAAUCUCCGAUGAACACUUACAUAUACACCCACAUAUGUAUAUAUCUAUACAGCACAAAACUUUUCAGCAACAAUGCACUCUUGCAAGUCGAGGAAUGCGUCUACUUUAUAGAUUAAAACGAAUCAUACAAAUGCGUAACGACAGAUUAAAUAUCUGUAUACUGAAUAUCGAGACGCUUGUUCUGAAAAGCAAUGUGAUACACGAUGUGGAAUAAAGUUUAAUGAACAUUUGUUACGAAUUAGAAACAUAA